AUGCCCCAAAAGAAAAACGACAAUCCUAUCUUGUACACCGAGGUCAACCAAGAAGAGCUUCAGGCCAAAACAUCAAAGUACCUCCUCAACUAUGGCACCAAGUUCAAUAAAGACGUGAUCUGUGGCAGCAGAGGGCUCUACGUGUACACAGCCUCCGGACACAAAGUGCUCGACUUCACAUCCGGACAAAUGUCCUGCUUGCUCGGCCACGGGCACCCAGAGAUUGUGCAAACAAUCACCGACCACGCAGCCUCCCUGGACCAUCUCUUCUCAGGUAUGGUAUCGCCCCCAGUGGUCAGCCUAGGCGAACGUCUGUGCGAUCUUCUGCCAAGCGGCCUCGACAAAGCCUUCUUCCUCUCCACCGGCGGCGAGAGCAACGAAGCAGCGAUAAAGAUGGCCAAGGUAUACACCGGAAAGUUCGAAAUCGUCGGACUAGGCGGUAGUUGGCACGGCGUGACAGCACAGGCACUCGGCGCACAAUACCACUUCGGUCGAAAAGGCCAAGGUCCACUGAUGCCGGGUAUGCUGAUGCUUCCAUCACCGAACGCAUACCGCUCUGUCUUCCGCCGUGCAGACGGAUCCUACGACUGGGAAACAGAGAUGGCAUACGGCUGGCGCAUGAUCGAUAUGCAAUCCUGCGGAUCGCUGGCCGCUUGCAUCGUGGAGUGUAUACAGUCAUCGGCUGGCAUGCAUGUCCUACCACCGGGGUACCUCGCAGCUCUGAAAAAAGAGUGCGAAAAGCGUGGAAUGCUUCUUAUCGUAGACGAAGCACAGACGGGAGUGGGUCGGUGUGGCGAUCUAAUGGCUUUCAACCAUGAAGGUGUCGUUCCUGAUAUCCUCACGCUUAGCAAGACGCUGGGGAAUGGCCUGCCGCUCAGUGCUGUUGUUACGAGUGCUGAGAUCGAACGCGUGUGCAUCGAGCGGGACUUCUGCUUUUACACGACUCAUGUUAAUGAUCCGCUACCUGCUGCUGUGGGUGACAAGGUGCUUGAGAUCGUGGUACGUGAUGGGCUAGUUGAGCACUCUCGCGCUAUGGGUAAGGUACUCCACGACCGACUAAAUGCGCUAAAAGAGAAGUAUGGUUGUAUCGGAGAUGUCCGUGGACGUGGACUUAUGGCUGGGGUUGAGAUUGUUGAGGAUCAGGCGACCAAGACGCCCGCACUAGCUUUGGGUAAAGCGAUCGGGGAUCGGGCUUAUGAUUUAGGCUUGUGGGCCAACCUUAGUAGCCAUCCUAGUUUUGGGGGUGCCUUUCGCAUAGCCCCGCCGAUCACUAUCACUGAGGAGCAGCUGGUUAGUGGGUUGGAAAUACUGGAGGAGGCAUUUGCAACGACCCCUGGGACUAUGCCUGUGUGA